UAUGAUGUGUCAUUUAACGCUAAUGGGGAUCUUGUGGCUAUUUAUGAGUUGGUUAACUGGCGGAAAAGUGAGACUGGCAUAACUGAGAUAGUAACUGUAGGGUUGUAUGAUGCAUCACUGCCAGCAGGCCAGGAGUUCCAGAUUAACAGAAGCAUAAACUGGAUGGAGGGUAGCACAAAAGUGCCAGUGUCAGUGUGCAGUGCCAGUUGUCCUCCAGGAACUCGUAAAGUGCUGCAGAAAGGAAAACCCAUCUGCUGCUAUGACUGUAUACCGUGUCCUGAGGGAGAGAUAAAUAAUAUUACAGAUUCGGCUGAUUGUUUACCAUGUCACAAGGAAUUCUGGCCUAAUAGAAAGAGAGACACUUGUAUCCCUAAGCCUGUAGAAUUUCUUUCAUUUCAAGACCUCCUAGGAAUUAUCCUGGCUACACUCUCAGUUCUGGGUGCCUGUCUGGCCAUUAUGACUGGGGCUGUAUUCUUUCAUCACAGGACAUCUCCAAUUGUCCGAGCCAACAACUCUGAGCUGAGCUUCCUGCUGCUCAUCUCACUGACUCUGUGUUUCUUAUGUUCAUUAACUUUCAUUGGAGCACCAUCAGAGUGGUCCUGCAUGCUGCAUCACACUGCAUUUGGGAUCACCUUUGUACUCUGUAUCUCCUGUGUACUUGGGAAAACUAUAGUGGUUUUAAUGGCUUUUAAAGCGACACUUCCAGGUAGCAAUGUCAUGAAAUGGUUUGGUCCUCCACAACAAAGAAUGACUGUUGUGUCUUUCACCUUUAUUCAAGUUUUAAUAUGUACUGUAUGGUUGGUACUUAGCCCUCCAUUCCCAAUUAAAAAUCUAACCACAUACAAGGAGAAGAUCAUCCUGGAAUGUGCAUUAGGCUCCCCUGUUGGCUUCUGGGCUGUUCUCGGCUACAUAGGCCUACUUGUUGCCUUUUGUUUUGUUUUAGCUGUCUUAGCCCGCAAAUUACCUGACAAUUUUAAUGAAGCCAAGCUUAUCACCUUCAGCAUGUUGAUAUUCUGUGCAGUGUGGAUCACCUUUAUCCCAGCAUAUGUCAGUUCUCCUGUGAAAUUCACUGUAGUUGUGGAGAUUUUUGCCAUUCUGGCCUCCAGCUUUGGACUAAUGCUGUGUAUAUUUGCUCCAAACAGAACACCAAGAAAUAUGUCAUGA